AUGUCAGUGCAAGUUCCGUCUCCUGAAGCGAGUAGACGUAUGAGCGGGCAGUUUGAUAACGUCAACCCUACCAAUAUGGAUGGCAACGAGGAAGAAGACAUCAACAGUGGCGGGAACAUCUCUGAGGAAAAGUAUCAUUUCUACCCUUAUGGUAGAGGCUCUUGUGACUGGACCCUGGAGGAGCAUGACCGAAUCAGGAAGAAGUCCAUGGACGAGAUUGAAUCCCAUUUCAACCCUCCUUCCUCCUCGGUAACUCCGACGACCAAAGAAACAGUUCCGGAGGCCUCUAUUGAACGGAAGAUGGACGCAGUGGCGAGCUCCAAUCCGACGGCUAAAAAACCUGGCACGAUCGGUAGCAAGUUCAGUACAGCCCAUAACACCUAUUUCCUCGAUGAGGAUCUCGACAUGGGGGCCGACAUAGACAACCUCGACAAUGUCCCGGGAAGUGGCAUUCAGGAGACCACCGAGAAGGAGGAGUCCGCCUACCACUACUACGAUCCGCUGUCGGGAAACACUCGGCUGGCUACCUCUGGAGGGACAGAUAACGGCGAGACUUGGCAAUGGGGAAAGGUGGACAAUGUGCUCAAGCACUCCCUAAAGGAAAGGACUCAUCCCGGAAGCUAUAAGAGCAGCAAUUAUGACGGUGAUGCACGUCUCACGGCGGCCAGAUUCGAAGAUUCUGGCGAUUUUGAUCGCAACAUGUUCAAGUCAGAGGAGGCUCCAAAAGAAUGGAUGGCGGCGGCCGACGAUGGUGAUAUAUUUGCUCAUCAGUCCAAGGAGGUCAAGGCUGGAGCCAAAUAGGAACGUGAGAAGUGUUGUUGUACUUGAUUGAUAUGAAUAUGAUAAACUUCAUUUCAUUUUUGACUACUACUGCCAAGCUUAUGAUUGAGUAUAGCCUUAGAAGGAGGCCUACGCGGUCAAACCGCGAUGACAAUCUCGUUGCUACUCACUACUGCUACCAAGUUGAUGACCGGACAUGUCCAGAUUCUGGUUGGGGACUUUGUCGUCUUUACUUCGGAUUCCCCAUCCGCCAAGGUCGACACCAGAGCCCCUUCAUUUCAUUAUUUUGGUUUCGGCUUGCGCUGGAGCCUUCGUCGUACCGUUAUUCCAUUCAAUAAUCUCAAGUUGUUAUCACACAGAACUAUCAUUCGGCUAUCUCCUAGCACGCAUUGCCCA